GACUAUGGCUACCUUGUAUAGUGACCCUGACUGGUCCUCCAAAAACCUGGAGCCUGCUGUCUUCGAGGCCCGGAGACACGUGGUCAAGGACAAGAUGCCCUCCCUGUUCCCAGACCAGCUCUGCAAAUUCCAGGAAGAGCUUCGGCAACGCAGCCAAGAAGGCUAUAGGGUCACCUUUACAGACUUCUGGGGCCUGCUGAUUGAGUCCUGCCUGGGGGAUGAGAGAAAUGAAUGCAAGUUGUCCGAACAGCGUGCUGCUUUGUGCCGGGGCCAGAAUCCCCUGCCCAUCUACCUCACCAUCAAUGUCAAGGAUGAUGUAAGCAACCAGGACUUCAGAGAGUGGUGCGAGUUCUCCCCCUACGAGGUGGGCCUGCAGAAGUACGGAGCCUUCAUCCCCACCGAGCUCUUCGGCUCCGAGUUCUUCAUGGGGCGGCUGAUGAAGAGGAUCCCUGAGUCUCGAAUGUGCUACAUGCUAGGUUUGUGGAGCAGCAUCUUCUCGCUGAACCUGCUCGAUGCUUGGAACCUGUCCCACACCUCGGAGGAAUUUUUCCACAGGUGGACGAGGAAAAAAGUACAUGACAUCGAAGACGAGCCUAUUCUGCCAGAAAUCCCCAAGUGUGAUGCCAACAUCCUGGAGACCACGGUAGUGAUCCCGGGGUCAUGGCUGUCUGAUAUUUUUCGAGAAGUUCUCACCCAUCGGCCUUUCGUGUCCGAGUUCCACAACUUCCUGUCAGGGCUGCAACUGCACACUGGCUACCUCCGGAAUGAUCAGUUCUCCAUGUGGAAAGACACAGUGCUUGAUGGUUUCCCAAACCAGCUGACAGAGUCCGCGAACCACUUGAGCCUGCUGGACACCGCGUUCUUCGUUAACUCCAGUUACCCACCCCUCCUGAGGCCGGAAAGAAAAGCUGACCUCAUCAUCCACCUCAAUUACUGUGCCGGGUCCCAGACAAAGCCUCUGAAACAAACCUGUGAGUAUUGCACAAUGCAGAACAUCCCCUUCCCCAAAUGUGAGCUGCCAGAUGCUAACGAAGAUCUCAAGGAAUGCUACCUGAUGGAGAACUCCCAGGAACCCGACACCCCCAUCGUGGUUUUCUUCCCACUCAUCAAUGACACCUUCCAAAAGUACAAGGCACCCGGUGUAGAGCGAAGCCCAGAGGAGCUGGAGCAGGGCCAGGUUGACAUUUAUGGCCCCAAAACUCCCUAUGCCACCAAGGAGCUGACAUACACGGAGGCUGCCUUUGACAAGCUGGUGAAGCUCUCUGAGUACAACAUCCUGAAUAACAAGGACAGGCUCCUUCAGGCCCUGCGCCUAGCAGUGGAGAACAAGAAGCGCCUGAAGAGCCAGUGUCCCUCCUAG